AGGGAAAAGACUUUAUCCUGGGGUCAACGACUAACCAAUAGAUCGGCAGCGAUUAGCAUACCACACCAGAGCGGCUAGAAAACUUAGAAGGAGGAAAAUCCCAGAGUGAGAGAGCUGCAAGUAGAGAAGGAUCAUACACGAGAAACACUGAGAGACACAGUCACAAGGAGAGAUAGAGAAAGUGAGAGAGAUUCAGCCAGGCACAGAGCGGGGGAGAGAGAGAGAGAGAGAGAGAAACAGACAAACAGAGAGAGAGUUAGUGACACACAGUGAGGGGAGACAGACAGAGAGAGAGAUACACACACAGGCAGACAAACAGGGACAGAGAUACAAACACAGAGAUACACACAUUGGGACAGGGAGAAACAGACACAGGCAGAGGCACACGCAGACGGGGAGAAGCAGGGAGGUAGAGACAGACUCAGAGAGAUUCAGACACAGGGAGAGAUAGAGACCUCACAGAUACAGGGAGAGACAGACAGAGAGAGAUACAGGGAGAGAGAUAGGUACACAGACACAAGGAGAGACAGAGAGAUAAGGACACAGGGAGAAAUACAUAGAGAGACAGAGGCAGAAAGAGAUAGAGACACAGACACAAGGAGAGACAGGGAGAGAUAGAGACACACACAGAAACAUAGGGAGAGGCAGAGGAGGAGACAGAGAGUAAAGAGCCGGGGGCAGACAUCUCUGUUUGGGAUCUGUAAAGACAGCUGGAGUAGCUCACUCAAGAGUUCUGAGGGAAGGAAAGUUACUCUUUCAAAAAAGAAAUCGAACCGCAGUGGAAAGCCGGCGACCAAUGGCAGCAGCAGGUUACUUUGUCUGGAUUUGUAUCUUUCUGCCUACAUUUACCGGAGUGUCAGCGAACCCACCGUCCAGUCCAACAGGUCCUCAAACUGAAAAGGACUACAGCAAGGUCCAGACAAAGUUUUCCCUUCGAACUGCCUUGGAUCCAGAGGAAGACUCCUGCUACUUGAUCCCUGGCCAGCUGGAAACUAUCAGACAGUGCAAUUUCAACCAAACUGCUAGGACAUUCUUGGUCAUACAUGGAUGGACGGUCACAGGAAUGUUUGAAAGUUGGAUUCCGAAGCUAAUCCUUGCCUUGUACGAGAGGGAGGCAGACUCCAAUGUUAUUGUGGUCGAUUGGUUAACCCGAGCUCACCAACAUUACCCGGUUGCCGCUGACAACACCAAACUGGUUGGCCAUGAUAUAGCCCACUUUGUUGAGUGGUUGGAGGAGGAGCUGAACUUUCCCUCUGAAGAAGUCCAUAUGUUGGGAUACAGUCUCGGGGCACACGUGGCCGGAUAUGCAGGGAAUUACGUGCCCUACAGAGUGGGGCGGAUAACAGGCUUGGACCCAGCAGGGCCGGAAUUUGAAGGGGCUGAGGCACAUCGUCGUCUAUCUCCAGAUGAUGCUGUCUUUGUGGAUGCUCUUCACACGUUCACCCGGGGAUCCCUGGGGCGGAGCAUUGGGAUCCAGCAGCCUGUGGGCCAUGUGGAUAUCUAUCCGAACGGAGGCAGCUUCCAGCCGGGAUGCAGCUUGGGAAGAAUAUUGGGAAACAUGAGAUCACAAGGAGUGUACGCUGUGGCUGAUGCCAUUAAAUGCCAGCAUGAGCGUGCCAUCCACCUGUUUAUUGACUCGCUCCUCAAUGAGAACUCUCCAAGCAUGGCCUAUCGCUGCUCCAACCAGGAGACCUUCGAGAAGGGAGUGUGCCUGAGUUGCAGGAAGAACCGCUGUAACAAGGUGGGCUAUGAUGUUCGGAGAAUCCGCACAAAGAGGAGCGGCCGCAUGUACCUGAAGACCGGGGCAGACAUGCCCUUCCGAGUUUAUCACUACCAAUUAAAGAUGCAUUUCUUCAGAGAUGUCAGACAAAGCAAGACAUCUACAAAUUUCCUCGUUUCACUAGUUGGAACUUUGAAUGAAUCGAAAGGCCUCCCUAUUCGAGUCCCAGAAAUACUAGCGAACAGAACCCACUCGUUCCUAGUGCACACGGAUGUCGAUAUCGGAGAGUUACUGAUGGUGAAGCUAAAGUGGGAAUCCUCGUCUUCCAUCUGGUCGAGCAUUAUGGGGAAGGUCACCAACUCGUUCUCGGCGCUGAUGUUCUGGGAGAGCAGUAAGGAGACCUCUGACCACCUAGAGAUCAGAAAGAUACGAGUGAAAGCAGGAGAGACCCAGAAAAGGAUUGUGUUCUGUGCAGAAAACUCUACACCUGUGAAGAUUCAGCCUGCACAGGAGGUAACUCUUGUCAAGUGUCACAGUUGAUUGACUUACAAGAAGACCAGCAGAUGAGGUGCGGACAGAAGAAUUUCCUUCUGAUAACGUCAGUAUCCCGACAACAUUAUCCUCUCGACACACACAUCGCAGUCUCUGACCCACCUUCCUUGGUUGUUGGAAUUCUGAAGAAAUCAGAUGGGUGAUUUGCUUAAAAAGGCUCAAGACAAGUGGCUCGUGAGAGAACCAAAAUGAAACUGUUUGUUCUGAUAACAAAAAGACUAUUCUGAACGGAAUUAUUCAUUGAUUGUGUGCUUUAUUACCUGUUACGCAUAUAACUUCCAUUUGACACACUGGUUCAGUCUCACUGUUAUGGGAGUGACAGAACAUGGUCCCAUUACUGUGAGACUGAACUACAAUCUUUUACUGCAGCAUGAACAACUGGAUACAGUCUCACUGCAGUGUGAGUGAUGCAGUACAGUCUUGUUAUAAUGUGAGUAAGUUGCUAUAAGAUAAAUGCUACAGUCUCACCGGAGCUUGAGUGACAUGGUACAGUCUUACUGCGGCAUGAGUGAUCUCGUACAGUCUCAUUACAGCCUGAGUGUAGUGUCAGUCGAUCAGAAAUGGUGUCUAAUGAAUUACUCAUUCUCCGCACUAUUUAUUAAAUGUAUAUAUAAGAAUAUAUAAAUCCACUUUGUACAUAU